AUGAUGCAAUUUCGCCUGGACAAGUUUGACAGCAGCCAGACUUCUGCCGGUUGCCAGAAUACCUCACAAGCGGUUUUAUUUUUCCUGCGAGCAGCCUACGAAGAAUCCAAACUGCAAAAGCUAGAAUGGAGCCAGUGGACGGAAAUCACAACUCGCUUCCAGUAUUUCGAUCACUGGACCAAGGAACAACGGCGCGAGUGUUUCAGCCGAGCCAAGGUGCGCCAGUUUGAAGCAGAUCAGAUAAUUUUUGUCGAAGGUCGAACAUCGGUCAACUUUGUUCAUCUGGUGCUCAGUGGAAAAUGCAUGGUGUUACAGUGUUUGAAGUUGAGCAGAUUUUCUACUAAAAGUGGAACAGUAAAAUAUUGUCUGGCAGAGGCACAGCCGGUAGAAGAUGAAGUAACACAGCUUCGUCGUAGAAGCUCUCGACUGUCUGAAUUAGAAAACUCAACUCUAACAGCGGAUGGGAGACUUACAUUUCCCGGAACAUCACUCACUGUCCCAAACUUGUACAUUGCCCCGGUGGAAUCAUCGGUGAGUCAAAUGAAUUACGAGUAUCACUUCGUAGAUGUGUCAACGUACGGAUGCGGUUCCGUGUUUGGCGUUGGAGAGCACAUGGACGACCGAACGGUAGUGGCACGUGACCGAGUGCAGUGCCUGUUGAUACCGCGAUACUGGCUGUUGCAAAAACCGCAGAACACCAACAACGUGUGGACCCGCGUCCGGAUUUUCCUGGAUCAACAGCAACCCUCGCGGGAACGAGUUUUCCAAUGGUUCCUGAGAGAACUUCGUUGGAAGAAAUUUCGUACCCAAACGAAACAGACUGCUGGUCAUCUAAUGGGCAAUCCUACGGGAUUCCGCGAUGUACCUUUCAUGUGUAGAUUAGAAGAGAGUGACGAUGUGUAAUGUCAGUUGUGCUAUUUAGAAUUUAGCAGAAAGCAGAUGCAUUCAAUAUUGAAACGCACACUGUUUGGACAAUCAUUAUUUAUAGAAGCGUCUUCUUUUGACUAAGUACGUCACCUAUGGGCACAAUGACGCUGCAAUCAAAUGUAGAGGCGCUGCUUGUUUAGAGAUGAUACUUUCAGUAAGAACUGUCAAAUCGGCAGGAAAUUUUUUAAUUACUUCACCUUUUUAACGAAUUCUUAUAAAAUUCGUUUAAAAAGUCUUUGUAGAAGUGGUAGAAAAAAUUGUUACUCUGAGUUGGUAAUGUUGAUCAUAAUUUAUUGUGCGAAAAUUACCGUUUAUUUAUUAGUAUUAUACUUGGUUCAAUACCAUUUUUCAAAUGCCCGGAAAUAACAAA